CGCAGGAAGUGAAAUUGAAGGACCUCCAUACUCUCUCUCUCUCACACACGCACACACACACACAUAACCCAUGAGUUGAAACUUGAAAGACACAGCAGAAAAAUGAAGUCCUUGAUUUCACGUAGAAAGUUCAUCAGGCAUACAACACCGGUUUCUCUCACACCAAAUCGCUUCCACUGCUCACAAAGCCCCAACCAAAACGAGGACAUCACCGCUCAACAAAUCACAGCCAUUCUCAAGCACGGCAACUGGGAGUUCCGCUUGGACUCAUCCCACCUCUCCAAAACCCUAAACCCAGAUGUGAUCCGAUCCGUUCUUCACCAAAACAAGUCCAUCGACUCCAAACGCCUCCUCAGCUUCUUCAACUGGUCCACCACUCAAAUGGGUACCCCUCAAAAUUUGAAUUCUUUCUCAAUUCUUGCUGUGGUGUUGUGUAAAUCGAACCAGUUUGCUCAUGCCCAUUGGGUUUUAGACAGAAUGAUUGAAACCCGUUCGUCUGUUUCCAUGGUUGUCGAUUCGAUUGUUAGUUGUUGUAGAGAUUGUGAGGUGUCUAGAAGUAAUCACGAAGUUUUGGAUAUGCUGAUUAAUGUCUAUAAGAGGAGAGGGAAAUUGAAUGAAGCUGCUUCUGUGAUUUUAGCUGUUAAAAAUGGUGACUUUUUACCUAGUUUAGUUUGCUUGAAUACUUUGUUAAAAGACUUGUUGAAGUGCAGUAAAAUGGAACUUUUUUGGAGGGUUUUUGAUGCAAUGGUAGAGGCUAGGAUUAAACUAGAUGUUUAUAGUUAUUCUAAUCUGAUUAGGGCUCAUUGUAAGGUUGGGAAUGCAGAGGUGGGGAAAAGGGUCCUUCUGGAAAUGGAAGAGAAGGGUUGUAGUCCUAAUUUGUUUACGUAUAAUGUGACUAUUGGAGGGCUGUGCAAAAAUGGCCUUGUUGAUGAAGCAUUAGAGCUAAAACAGUCGAUGAUUGAGAAGGGUUUGGCCCCUGAUGGCUAUACUUACUCGAUACUUAUUGAUGGGUUUUGCAAACAGAAGAGAUCAGAAGAGGCGAAAUCUAUACUCGGAGAAAUGUCCAAUGUGGGUCUAAAAGCUGACCACGUUGCGUAUACUGCUUUGAUGGAUGGGUUCAUCAAAGAAGGUGAUAUGGAAGAGGCUUUUAGAAUAAAGGAUGAGAUGGUUUCACGUGGGAUAAAGUUGAAUUGUAUAACUUACAAUGCCAUCGUUAAUGGGCUUUGUAAGGUGGGUCAGAUGGAGAAGGCGAAAGAUCUUUUGAGUGAGAUGAUCGCGGCAGAAGUAAAUCCAGAUACCGACACUUAUACAUCUUUAAUCAAGGGGUAUAAUCGGGAGAAAAAGAUGGAUAAGGCUUUUGAACUGCUGGAAGAAAUGAAGGAGAGGAACUUGCAACCUUCACUUUACACUUUUUGUGCAAUAAUUGAUGGGCUAUGCCAUUGUGGAGAUCUACAAAGGGCUAAUUUAGUUUUUGAAAAAAUGAUUGCCAGAGGUUUAAAACCAAAUGUAGUUAUCUACACAAUUCUUGUACGAGGUCAUGUGCAAGGAGGUAAACUUGAUGAAGUAACAGAGAUUCUGAAGGGGAUGAAGGAGAAAGGGAUUCCUCUGGACACAUUCUUCUACAAUUCUCUUAUAAUGGGCCUCUCUAAAGCAAAAAGGGUGGAAGAGGCGGGGACUUAUUUACGGGAAAUGGUGGAAAGGGGAUUAAAACCAGAUGUGUAUACUUACGGGGCUUUGAUUUCUGGAUAUAGUAAAAUGGGGGAAAUGCUAGAGGCAGACAGGUAUUUCGGUGAGAUGCUUGGUUGUGGUAUCAAGCCAAAUGGUGUAGUUUAUACCUUCUUGAUUAACGGGUAUUGCAGUGUGGGGGACAUAGAGGGAGCCCUUGAAAAAUUCAGGAGUAUGGUUGGAAGAGGAGUGAUGCCAGAUGUGCAAACAUAUAGUGUGCUGAUCCAUGGCCUCUCAAGCAAUGGAAAAUUGCAAGAGGCUAUGUUUGUUUUCUCUGAACUCUGCAACAAGGGCAUGGUUCCAGAUGUUUUCACUUAUAGCUGUCUCAUUUCCGGCUUCUGUAAGCAAGGUGAAAUGACAGAAGCUUUCAAACUUCGUGAUAGUAUGUGUCACAAAGGUAUUAAUCCAAACAUCGUUACUUAUAAUGCAUUGAUUGAUGGACUUUGCAAGCAAGGUGACCUGAAUAGAGCUAGGGAACUAUUUGAUGGACUCUCUGAAAAGGGUUUGGAACUCAAUGGCGUGACUUAUGCCACGAUUAUAGAUGGAUACUGCAAAUCUGGUAAUCUAGGUGAGGCAUUUCAGUUAUUUGAUGAGAUGCCAUCGAGAGGGGUCCCACCAGAUUGUUUUGUGUACAAUGCCCUAGUCAAUGGGUGCUGCAAAGAAGGAAAUACAGAGAAGGCCUUGUCAUUAUUUGAAGAAAUGAAGCAAAUGGGUUUUGCUUCCACAGUCACUUUCAACACUUUGGUUGAUGGGUUUUGCAAGUUAGGUAAAUUGAGUGAAACAAGACAGUUGGUGAGAGAAAUGAUCGAUAACCAGGUCAUUCCAGAUCAUGUGACCUUUACUACUUUGAUUGAUAGUCUCUGCAAAAGAGGGUUGAUGGAAGCAGCAGAAGAGCUUUUUUUGGAGAUGCAAAAGAGGGAUCUGACGCCGACUAUUGUAACUUAUACCUCGCUUUUGAAUGGCUACAAAACAGUUGGGCACAGAUCAAAGAUGUUUCCACUUUUUGAGGAGUUGGUGGCAAAGGGUAUCGAGCCUGAUGAAGUGGCAUACGGGAUAAUGAUUGACACUUUCUAUGAAGACGGUAACUUGGAGAAAGCAUUUAACCUCUUGGAUGACCUAUUGAACAAUGGUACAAGUCGUGUGGUGUUAAAAAGUUGUGUGAAUGAAGCAUUCCUGGAUUCCUUGUGCAGAAAGGGAGAAUUUGGCUAUGUAUUGGUCUUGCUUGAUAAGAUGGGAAAGCAAGGCCUUAUGUUAAGUCUUGCUACAUGUGGAAAUCUGGUCAGCAGGAUUCAAGAAGCAGGAGAUGAGGAGAAAGCAGCUAGGGCUAUGGAAAUUAUGGUGAGAUUCAAGUGGGUUCCGGAUUCCACAAGUUUAAGCGACUUUCUGAAUGCAUGUCAGAAGACUGGAAACCAUGAAAGUGUCGGUAAUCUCUCGUAGCAAGCUGUAGGAAAGAGUUUCAUAUCAGGUGGAGGCCUAGUUUGCUGAAGAAGAACAGCUGCUCUUGCAUGCAAGAGCAACAAGGGCAUGGUCAUAUGACACUUUUUCAGCAAACUAGGCCUAGGUUGCCACAAGAGCAACAAGGGCAUGGUUCCAGAUGUAUUCCAUGGGCAUUCCAUGCUCUUAUGUAUUGGAAUACCCAUGGAAUCAAUUACUGAUGCUGGCCUGUGUGAACUUGAGUUCACAAAAUGGGUUUGCCAAGUAAAAGUGGUAGCAAUCGCGCUACGCUUCCCACAUGCAGCAGCGCCACUCAGACUGAACUUGAUUAAUGCUAGAAGCGAGGCAAUUUUGCUCAUAUUCACAGGGGUAAUUGCAAUUUUUGAUUUAUGUUUCACAGUUGCUAGCCAUGGCUCCCUUUUAUUUUUGAUGAUUCACUAUUUGCAGUGAAAUUGUUUUUAUAUUAUGUGCAGCAAUUUGAAAUAAUAUUGGCGUUUCAAUGGAUU